UAAAACAAUAAUCAUUUCAUUUUUUUGUUUCUUCUGUUUUUCUCUCUCUUCCUUACAUUGGCUCUUUCUAGCUUUCCAUUCCCAUUCUUCAUUUUUCUUCCCAGUUUUUUUUGUCUUCUUAACAUCCAACCAUUCCCAUUUAUUUCUUCACUCUCAUACAUAAAACAAAUUUCCCAUUUUUCAAAUUUCAAACUUAAUCUUAGUAAAGCUAUGUCUUCCUUUUUCCCCUUUUUCAUUUAAUUUAAUUUAAUUUCAAUACCCUUUUUUUCUUUCUUCUUUCCCGCUUUUUAUACUCUCCCAAAUCUCCAUUUUUCUUUUUUCCCUUCUCUUUCUCAACUGUCACAUACUCUAUAUGAUAAUACAAAAAAGAGUUGACUGAUUGAUUGGUGUUUGUUUGGCUGGGUUGAAGUGAUUGAUUACAUUUGGGACUUUCAUGAUUUUCUGUUUCACUGUUUCCUUUCAUUGAAGCUUCUGUUCUUGUGAACAAACAUCACUAUAAUCAAUCAAGAUUGCAGCAUUUUCUUCAUUGUUACAAAUUUUACAAGGGUUUAGUGAUUUCUUACUAUUUGUGGAAAAAAUAGAACAUGGGUUUUUUGGAGGUUAAAAUGGGUCUUGUCAAUGGAGAAGAUUCUUGGGUCAAUACUAUAGAAUAGUGUUCAAGUUUGGAGCUUUGUGAAGAAAUUCAGCAGUUGUGGGUUCCCAUUUGGAUUGUGUAUGAAUUAUGAUGCAUGAUUUGUCAAGAGGGUAAAUGGAAUGAUUUAAUAAUUAGGGGUUUCAACUUUUGUGUUUAUUGGAAAAAGGAACAAAUUUGAAAUCAUUGUUUUGCUGAAAUUUGUGGGAAAAAAUGAGUGGGCAACAGCAGAAAAGAGAAAGUAUACUAGAAAAGGGUUGUUCAUCAGUUUCUGAGAAUGUUGAGAAGGUUUUGGUGGCUGUAAAAGCAUCAAAAGAAAUCCCAAAAGCAGCUCUUGUUUGGGCUUUGAGUCAUGUUGUUCAACCUGGAGAUUGUAUUACUUUGAUUGUGGUUGUCCCUCCACCUAGUUCAGGUAGGAGGUUAUGGGUAUUUCCAAGGUUUUCUGGAGACUGUGCAAGUGGGCAAAAGAAGCUCUUUGCUGGUACAAGUUCAGAGCAGAAAAUUGAGCUAACAGAUUCUUGUUCUCAGAUGAUUCUCCAGCUACAUGAUGUCUAUGAUCCAAAUAAGAUAAAUGUGAAGAUAAAGAUAGUUUCGGCUUCCCCUCCAGGGGCGGUUGCUGCCGAAGCCAAAAAGGUUCAGGCUAAUUGGGUUGUAUUAGACAAGGACCUCAAGCAAGAAGGAAAACGUUGCAUGGACGAGCUCCAUUGCAACAUUGUGGUUAUGAAACGCUCUCAGGCAAAAGUACUAAGACUAAAGUUGGUCGCAUCUCCUUUGAAGGAGCUUCAACUAGCUGGUCCAUCGGGUGGCCAAACCGAUGAAGUUCGAGGACCAGUUGUGACUCCAAGCAGUAGUCCUGAGCUAUUUACUGCAACAGAAGCAGGAACAUCAUCUGUAUCAAGCUCUGAUCCUGGAACAUCCCCUUUUGCACCAUCUGAAACGAGUGAAAAAUCGAAGAAGAGUGAUAUGAUCCUUAUGAAAGAAAGUCGGGAAAUUGUAUCAGACUCAGAUUCAGACGAUGAGGAUGUGUCCCCUUGUUCAAGUUCAACAAGCUCAGGAAUCCAGCCUUGGAUGGGUGAAUACGUAAUUUCACAUUUACGAUCCUCUCAGAAGCUCGAGAAAAGACAAUCCGGGAAAUCAUUGCAGAAAUUUUCUCAAUUGGACAGGGAUUCCGGUGUUGGGUCUAGAAGAUAUAGGCCCGAUUUAGAGUUCAGUGGAAAUGUAAGAGACGCGAUGUCUCUGUCAAGAAGUCCUCCUCUUGGACCUCCUCCGCUUUGCUCAAUAUGCCAGCAUAAGGCACCGGUUUUUGGAAAACCUCCAAGGUGGUUUAGCUAUGCCGAGCUUGAGCUUGCAACAAGUGGAUUUUCCGAGUCAAAUUUCUUGGCCGAGGGAGGUUUUGGGUCGGUCCAUCGAGGGAUACUACCCGGGGGUCAAGCUAUAGCUGUGAAACAGCAUAAGUUAGCAAGUUCACAGGGUGACGUAGAGUUUUGUGCCGAGGUAGAAGUUUUGAGCUGUGCUCAGCAUCGAAAUGUCGUUAUGCUUAUUGGGUAUUGUAUUGAGGAUAAACGAAGGUUGCUGGUUUACGAGUACAUAUGCAAUGGAUCCCUAGAUGCCCAUUUAUACGGACGUAAUCAACCCCCAUUGGAAUGGUUUGCUCGGCAAAAGAUUGCAGUCGGAGCAGCUCGAGGGCUACGAUAUCUACACGAAGAAUGCAGAGUGGGUUGCAUUGUUCACCGUGACAUGCGUCCAAACAACAUUUUACUCACCCAUGAUUAUGAACCAUUGGUGGGGGAUUUUGGCCUGGCAAGGUGGCAACCCGAUGGGGACACUGGCGUCGAAACAAGAGUGAUAGGCACAUUUGGGUAUUUAGCUCCGGAGUAUGCACAAAGUGGACAAAUCACGGAAAAGGCUGAUGUCUACUCUUUUGGUGUUGUACUUGUUGAGCUUCUUACGGGAAGAAAGGCUGUCGACUUAACCCGACCUAAAGGCCAGCAGUGCCUUACUGAAUGGGCACGGCCCCUUUUGGAAGACGGUGCUAUUGAUGAGCUAAUCGACCCGCGUCUUGUUAACCGGUAUCUAGAACCCGAGGUUCAUUGCCUUAUGCAUGCUGCUUCAUUGUGCAUACGACGAGACCCUCACUCUAGGCCUCGAAUGUCCCAGGUCCUGCGUGUAUUAGAGGGUGACAUGUUCAUGGAUUCAAGUGUUAUGUCGACACCAAGGCACGACGUUGGGAGUCGCAGCGGAAGAAUGAGGCUACAAGAUCGAGAAUCAUUCAGCGGUCCAUUACGCAAUGAGGAGACGGAAGUUUACACGGGUAGUCUAUCCCUCGAAUCACUUAGGUCGGCUUUGUGGGAACGCGAAAGGGUUAGGAAUUAGUAGAAACGUCAAGAUAGAUUUGAUGGGUUUUGAAUGAAGUAAGGUAGUUUUAUGGACCCAGAAUUUCCCUAUAAUUUUGGUUAAUGUAUAGUAUAAUGGAGGUGGGUUUUGAGAGGGUUGUAUUCCAUUUUGGUGCCUUGUGAAAUUCGGUUGUCAAUAUUAUAUGCAUUUUGUGCAUCAUAUAUACUAUUCCAUUCCGAAUGAAAUAGCCACUUCUGAAGUUUUUUUCCUA